UUGGGGGGGUGGGUGGGGGUUACUUUUUGGAGUGCUGGGGAACUUUUUCCCCUUUUUGAGGCCCGGCGAAAGGGAAUGCCCAAUCCAGAGAGACAUGGGGGCAAGAAGGACGGGAGUGGAGGAGCUUCUGGAACUUUGCAGCCGUCAUCGGGAGGUGGCAGCUCCAACAGCAGAGAGCGUCACCGCUUGGUGUCGAAGCACAAGCGGCAUAAAUCCAAGCACUCCAAAGACAUGGGGUUGGUGACCCCCGAAGCAGCACCUUUGGGUACAAUUAUCAAACCUUUGGUGGAGUAUGAUGACAUCAGCUCUGAUUCAGAUACCUUCUCCGACGACAUGGCCUUCAAACUAGACAGGAGAGAGAAUGAUGAACGUCGUGGAACUGAUCGGAGUGACCGCCUGCACAAACAUCGUCACCACCAGCACAGACGUUCCCGGGACUUACUAAAAACUAAACAAACAGAAAAAGAAAAAAACCAGGAAGUCUCCAGCAAAUCGGGAUCGAUGAAGGACCGAGUAUCAGGAAGUUCAAAGCGUUCAAAUGAGGAGAAUGAGGACUAUGGGAAGGCACAGAUAUCCAAAAGCAGCAGCAACAAGGAAUCCAGGUCAUCCAAACUCCAUAAGGAGAAGACCCGGAAAGAACGUGAGUUGAAGUCUGGGCACAAAGACCGGAGUAAAAGUCAUCGGAAAAGGGAAACACCCAAAAGCUACAAAACAAUGGACAGCCCCAAACGGAGAUCCAGGAGUCCCCAUAGGAAAUGGUCUGACAGCCCCAAGCAAGAUGAUAGCCCCUCAGGAGCUUCUUAUGGCCAAGAUUAUGACCUUAGUCCCCCAAGAUCUCACACCUCUAGCAAUUAUGACUCCUACAAGAAGAGUCCUGGAAGUACCUCAAGAAGGCAGUCAAUUAGCCCGCCUUACAAGGAGCCUUCGGCCUACCAGUCCAGCACCCGGUCACCCAGUCCCUACAGUAGGCGACAAAGAUCUGUGAGUCCCUAUAGUCGGAGACGUUCUUCCAGCUAUGAAAGGAGUGGCUCUUACAGUGGGAGAUCACCCAGUCCCUAUGGUCGAAGACGGUCCAGCAGCCCUUUCAUGAGCAAACGGUCUCUGAGUCGGAGUCCACUCCCCAGUAGGAAAUCCAUGAAGUCUAGAAGUAGAAGUCCCGCAUAUUCAAGACACUCAUCUUCUCAUAGUAAAAAGAAGAGAUCCGGGUCACGCAGUCGACAUUCCAGCAUCUCACCUGUCAGGCUUCCAUUGAACUCCAGCUUGGGAGCUGAACUCAGUAGGAAAAAGAAGGAAAGAGCAGCUGCUGCUGCUGCAGCAAAAAUGGAUGGAAAGGAAUCCAAGGGUUCACCUAUAUUUUUGCCUAGAAAAGAGAACAGUUUAGUAGAAGCUAAGGAUUCAGGCUUGGAGUCUAAAAAGUUAACCAGAGGUGUAAAAUUGGAAAAAUCUGCCCCAGAUACUGAACUGGUGAAUGUACCACAUCUAAAUACAGAAGUCAAAAAUUCUUUAGAUACAGGGAAAGUAAAGUUGGAUGAGAACUCUGAGAAGCAUCCUAUUAAAGAUUUGAAAGCACAGGGAUCAAGAGACUCUAAACCCAUAGCAUUGAAAGAGGAGAUUGUUACUCCAAAAGAGGCAGAGACAUCAGAAAAGGAGACCCCUCCAACUGUCCCCACAGUUACUUCUCCACCUCCUUUACCAACUACUACCCCUCCACCUCAGACACCCCCUUUGCCACCUUUGCCUCCACUACCAGCUAUUCCACAGCAACCUCCUCUGCCUCCUCCCCAGCCAGCAUUUAGUCAGGUUCUUGCUUCUAGUACUUCAACUUUGCCCUCUUCUACUCACCCAAGGACAUCUACUUUGUCCUCUCAGGCAAAUUCUCAGCCCCUUGCACAGGUUUCUGUGAAGACUCAAGUAUCUGUAACAGCUGCUGUUCCACACCUAAAAACUUCAACGUUGCCUCCUCUGCCCCUCCCACCCUUACUACCAGGAGACGAUGACAUGGAUAGUCCAAAAGAAACUCCACCUUCAAAACCUGUAAAGAAAGAGAAGGAACAAAGGCCACGUCACUUACUCACGGACCUCCCUCUCCCUCCAGAACUUCCUGGUGGGGAUCCAUCUCCCCCAGACUCUCCAGAACCAAAGGCAGUUACACCACCUCAGCAACCAUAUAAAAAGAGACCAAAAAUUUGUUGUCCUCGUUAUGGAGAAAGAAGACAAACAGAAAGUGACUGGGGAAAACGCUGUGUAGACAAGUUUGACAUUAUUGGGAUUAUUGGAGAGGGAACCUAUGGCCAAGUAUAUAAAGCCAAGGACAAAGACACAGGAGAGCUAGUGGCCCUGAAAAAGGUGAGACUGGACAAUGAGAAGGAGGGCUUCCCAAUCACAGCCAUUCGUGAGAUCAAAAUCCUUCGUCAGCUAAUCCACCGAAGUGUUGUUAACAUGAAGGAAAUCGUUACAGAUAAACAAGAUGCACUGGAUUUCAAGAAGGACAAAGGUGCCUUUUACCUUGUAUUUGAGUAUAUGGACCAUGACUUAAUGGGACUGCUAGAAUCUGGUUUGGUGCACUUUUCUGAGGACCAUAUCAAGUCAUUCAUGAAACAGCUAAUGGAAGGAUUGGAUUACUGUCACAAAAAGAAUUUCCUGCAUCGGGAUAUUAAGUGUUCUAACAUUUUGCUGAACAACAGUGGGCAAAUCAAACUAGCAGAUUUUGGACUUGCACGGCUCUAUAACUCUGAAGAGAGUCGCCCUUAUACAAACAAAGUCAUCACUCUGUGGUACCGACCUCCAGAACUUCUGCUAGGAGAGGAGCGUUAUACACCAGCCAUUGAUGUUUGGAGCUGUGGAUGCAUCCUUGGGGAACUGUUCACAAAGAAGCCUAUUUUUCAAGCCAAUCUGGAACUGGCUCAGCUAGAACUGAUCAGUCGACUCUGUGGUAGCCCCUGUCCAGCUGUGUGGCCUGAUGUUAUCAAGCUGCCCUACUUCAAUACCAUGAAACCGAAGAAGCAAUAUAGAAGGCGUCUGCGAGAAGAAUUCUCUUUCAUUCCUUCAGCAGCACUUGAUUUACUGGACCACAUGCUGACACUAGAUCCUAGCAAACGUUGCACAGCUGAACAGACUUUACAGAGUGACUUCCUUAAAGAUGUUGAGCUCAGCAAAAUGGAUCCUCCAGACCUCCCCCACUGGCAGGAUUGCCAUGAAUUAUGGAGUAAGAAACGGCGACGACAGCGACAGAGUGGUGUUGUGAUAGAAGAGCCACCUCCAUCCAAAGCCUCUCGGAAAGAAACUACCUCAGGGACAAGUGCUGAGCCUGUGAAGAACAGCAGCCCAGCACCACCUCAGCCUGCUCCUGGCAAGGUGGAGCCUGGGACUGGGGAUGCAAUAGGCCUCGGUGACAUCACACAGCAGUUGAAUCAAAGUGAAUUGGCAGUGUUACUGAAUCUGCUGCAGAGCCAAACCGACCUGAGCAUCCCUCAAAUGGCUCAGCUGCUUAACAUCCACUCCAACCCAGAAAUGCAGCAGCAGCUGGAGGCCCUGAACCAGUCCAUCAGUGCCCUAACUGAAGCCACUUCCCAGCAGCAGGACUCAGAGCCCAUGGCCCCAGAGGAGUCUUUGAAGGAGGCACCUCCUGCCCUAGUGGUCCAGCCUUCAGCAGAACAGACAACCUCUGAAGCUUCAAGCACACCAGCUGACAUGCAGAAUAUGUUGGCAGUUCUUUUGAGUCAGCUGAUGAAAACCCAGGAGCCAGCAGGCAGCCUGGAGGAAAACAACAGUGACAAGAACAGUGGGCCACAGGGGUCCCGAAGAACUCCCACAAUGCCACAGGAGGAGGCAGCAGCAUGUCCUCCUCACAUUCUUCCACCAGAGAAGAGGCCCCCUGAGCCCCCCGGACCUCCACCGCCGCCACCUCCACCCCCUCUGGUUGAAGGCGAUCUUUCCAGCGCCCCCCAGGAGUUGAACCCAGCCGUGACAGCCGCCUUGCUGCAACUUUUAUCCCAGCCUGAAGCAGAGCCUCCUGGCCACCUGCCACAUGAGCACCAGGCCUUGAGACCAAUGGAAUACUCCACCCGACCCCAUCCCAACAGGACUUACGGAAACACUGAUGGGCCUGAAACAGGGUUCAGUGCCACUGACACUGAUGAACGCAACUCUGGUCCAGCUUUGACAGAAUCCUUGACCCAGACCCUGGUGAAGAACAGGACCUUCUCAGGCUCUGUGAGCCACCUUGGGGAGUCCAGCAGUUACCAGGGCACAGGGUCAGUGCAGUUCCCAGGGGACCAGGACCUCCGUUUUGCCAGGGUCCCCUUACCAUUACACUCAGUGGUCGGGCAACCAUUCCUGAAGGCUGAGGGAAGCAGCAACUCUGUGGUACAUGCAGAGACCAAAUUGCAGAACUAUGGGGAGCUGGGGCCAGGAACCACUGGGGCCAGCAGUUCAGGAGCAGGCCUUAACUGGGGGGGCCCAGCUCAGUCUUCUGCUUAUGGAAAACUCUAUCGGGGGCCUACAAGAGUCCCGCCAAGAGGGGGAAGAGGGAGAGGAGUUCCUUACUAACCCAGAGACUUCAGUGUCCUGAAAGAUUCCUUCCCUAUUCAUCCUUCCAUCCAGUCCACUGAAACAUUAAUGAAAUCAUUUGCCAGAGCGAGGUAAUCAUCUGCAUUUGGCUACCGCAAAGCUGUCUGUUGUAUUCCUUGCUCACUUGCUACUAGCAGGCAACUUAUAAUGAUGAUGGCACCAGUUCCCCCUGGAUGGGCUACAGCCAGAACAAUUACUUCAACUCUACCUAGUAGAUACAAGUAGAGAAUGUGGAGAGGGUCAUUAAACUGAAAAGUAAAUGUUGUAUUAGUUCAUUUGCCUGCACUUCUUGAGCAGAAGAAAAGGAGAACAGUUUCAAUUUUGAGAUGGCUCAGGAGAGGCUCUCUUUAGGUUUUUAAAAUUUGGGGACUUUUUUAAUGAUUUUUUUCUUUUGAAUUUCAUUUUUUGUUUUUGUUUUGUUUUGUUUUCCUUUAAAGAUAAUAGUGUUCACAAAAUUUGAGGCUUUUGCUAUAAGGGAAACAGAGUGACUGGCUGAUUUAAAUAAAUGUUUCCUUCCUCUCCACCAUCUCACAAUUUUGCUUUCAAGUGAACUCUUUUUUUCCCCAUUGAGCAUCUUGAACAUACCUUUUUUCCAAAUAAAUUACUCAUCCUUAAAGUGUGCUCUGCUUUGACAAAAGACAUGCCCCUCUCCCUGCACAUGAAGCAGGUUGUAGAAAGAGGCAAUCUUGGGCAUGUAGAUAGAUUUACCCCAUCUCUUCCCUUUUUUACUCCUUUAUAGUUUCUCAUUCUCUUUCUCUCUGUGUGUCUCUUUUUGAGGCAUUUGUUUGGAAAAAAUUUAAUCGUUGAGAUGCCCAAGAACCUGGGAUAAUUCUUUACUUUUUUUUUUGAAAUAAAGGAAAGGAAAUUUAAACUCCUAUAUUGUUCUCUGUAACUUUUCAAUUCUAAAAUGUUUUUGUUUUUUUAAAACCAUGUUCUGAUGGUGAAAUUGAUUUAUUAAUGCAGACAGCCUAGGACAUUGCUGUUGAACUGGGGUUAGAGAUGAUGCCUCCAUAACUAGAGGGCUAGUAAGAGCAGUUAGCAUACUGUUUACACAUAUAUUUUUAUGUCAAAAAAACCUUUGAAACAGAGCACUGUAGUAUUGUCAAAGAGAAAAGAAAUACAUC